CGAUUCUAUUGCAUACUCCACACGUACUCACUACUCUCACCCCCACCACCACCACCCUUGUCCCUUUCACAUAUCUGCUCUCUCUUGCUUGUGCCAAACAAAACUCUGUUACAAGGAAAUUGGUUUAGCAAUUAGGGAAGUUGGAGGCAAUGAGGGUGUCUUUCCUUUCAACCACACCUUCUUUAGUUUCUCUCGUCCCUGUCUCUGACCCUUCUCUCAAUUCUCCCUCUAUUGCUGCUACUAGAUACCUCACUCGUCCUGUUGCUAUUCGUUGUAGUAAUAAUAAUACCCAAUCUGUUGAUGUUUGUGGUGAAUAUGGUUUUCAUCGUAGAGAUGUUCUUAAGUGCAUUGGAGCAUCCGUUGGCAUGGAAUUACUUGCAAGUUCAGGAUCAUGGGUUGAAAUGGCAAGUGCUGCUGAUUUGAUACAACGAAGACAACGGUCCGAGUUUCUCUCAAGUAUUAAGGAAACCUUGGCUAAAGCUAUGAAGGGAAACCCAGAUCUUAUCCCAUCCAUGCUAACUUUGGCAUUGAAUGAUGCUAUGACUUAUGACAAGGCUACAAAAUCUGGUGGCUCGAAUGGAUCAAUUCGUUUUAGCUCAGAGUUAAGCCGACCUGAAAAUAAAGGGCUUGCUGCUGCUAUGAGUUUGUUAGAUGAAGCUAAGAAGGAAAUCGAUUCUUAUUCCAAGGGAGGACCUAUCUCGUAUGCGGAUCUCAUCCAAUAUGCAGCUCAAGCUGCUGUCAAGUCUACUUUUCUGGCAGCUGCUAUUCGCAAAUGUGGUGGGAAUGAAGAUAAAGGACGUACACUUUAUGCAGCAUAUGGUUCAAGUGGGCAGUGGGGCUUGUUUGACCGGCAGUUUGGACGAAGUGAUGCUGAAGAGCCAGACCCAGAGGGAAGAGUGCCUAUUUGGGAGAAAGCUAGUGUGCAGGAAAUGAAAGAUAAGUUCAAAGAAAUUGGCUUUGGUCCCCGUCAGCUUGCCGUGAUGUCUGCAUUCUUGGGUCCAGAACAAAGUGCUACAGAGGCUUUAUUGGUCAAUGAUCCAGAAGUUAUUCCUUGGGUUCAAAAAUACCAGCGGAGCCGAGAAACAGUGUCCCAGACAGAUUAUGAGGUUGAUCUGAUAACCACACUCACAAAGCUAAGUUGCUUGGGGCAGCAAAUCAAUUAUGAGGCGUACACAUAUCCAGUCAAAAAGAUUGAACUGAGCAAACUCAAAUUAUAGGCUGAGGAAGAAGAGAAAGCAACGUAAUGGGGUAUUAGCUCCGAAACAAGUUUUCCAAGUUGAAUGUUCUUAUCAUCGCUUUAGCGUAUUAAAAAAGAAGAUAUUUGUAACUGUUAAUCAAUCAAUACAGACUUCAAUUUCCAUUUGAAUGUUUAUAA